AUGGCCUCAACUGCAACGACGUCCAACGACGGCCCGGCCCUCGAAAAGGGCAUGUGGACGGCCGUCGCCAUCGCCACAUUGAUUCUCAUUCUGCGCGUCAUCGCAAAGAUCAAGAUCCACCACUUCCGCUUCGAUGAUGUCCUGAUGAUCGUGGCCUGGGCGUUGACCCUCACGUCGACAGUCUUCCUGACCUUGUCGGUCAAAGACGGCUUCGGCUCGGACCUGCGCGCCCUGCCCGCCAUCAACCAGCAGCACGUCCUCAAAUACAUCGCCAUCCAGGUGCCCCUCGUCACCAUCAGCACCGGGCUCGCCCGCGCCUCCUUCGCCCUCUACCUGCUCGGCAUCCUCGGCGGCAAGAAGUCCUUCCGCAUCGCUCUGUGGGUGGCCCUGGCCCUGCAGCUCGCCGCCAACAUCGUCUCCGCCGUGCUCCCGCUCAGCAUCUGCCGCGAUGCCCGCGUGCUCUGGAACGCGAACAUCAAGACCACCUGUGGCAACGUCGUGGCCGUCGUGCGCUUCUCCUAUUUCUCCUCUUCGGUGAACACAGCCACCGAUCUGUUCCUAGCGGUGUUUCCCACCGUCGUGUUCUGGAACCUGAACCUCCGGCUCCGCAUCAAGAUCAGUCUGAUCGUCCUGCUCAGUCUCGGAGCGAUGGUCGCCUCCAUCAUCAAAACCACCAAGCUCGACCACGUCCCCAGCGUCACGAACAUCGGCGCCGGCGGCGUCGAGCUGAUCCGCUGGGGCUACGCCGAGAACCUGAUCAUCAUCAUCACCUCGUCCGUGCCGUCCAUCCGGCCGCUGCUGAUCUCGUCCGUGCGCAAGCUCUCCAGUGCCACCAAGUCGCGGUCGUACGAGCUCUCCGGGCCGUUUUCGAAGAAUCGGGGCACGUCCAAGAAUACCACUCUUGCCGAGCAGAACCAGCAGCAUACGUCUAAUAACCGGGAUGAUUGCGAUAGUAUUGAGCAGAUUCUGAAGGAUUCACAGCGCCCGUCAUACGGACCGGCGUAUAGUGUGGAAUCGGGCCACGGGAUUAAGAAGCAGGUGGAUAUUUCCGUGGUGUCGGAUCGAAAUUCCUUGUGGGGUUGA